AACAGUUUGUCUGAUGCCCGCUCAGCUCAUCAUGACUGAAUGUGGUGUCUGCAAGAGGGCUGGUGGGCGUGUGGCUGGUGGGCGGCAGACUAAGCGCUGCCGCUGCGUGCUGUAAGGUGCGCAUCAGCACUAGGUACGUCUGCGGCGUUCAUGUGCACGUGGGAUCUGUAUUGGGGGUUCGUGACAUCGAGUGCGCUCGCGGACGCAUCAAGUGCGCACGCGGAAUGCCCUCCACCAUCACAGAUGCAAGAGCAAGUUUCAUUCGAGGUUAGUCUCGUAGUUGUGUUGAUUCAUAUAUGCGUUGUAGCUGGCUGUCUGCGCUACAUAUUCCAAACCGACCCAAACCCAUGCAUACAAGUCAUAACAAGUCGUAACGUCGUGGACGCGCUCCCUCGCACGGUCCAGAUGCAUCGCUAUAGUACAGGUUGAUCAAACUCUUCGAAAGCUAGAGUACAUUGAAU